GCUGUCCACUGGCAUGCCAGAGGGAGCGUCACAGUGGUGAUACAGGGGUUCAGAAGUGAACCGAGGCGGCUCCGUGCAGUUUGAUCCAGGAAGGUUUACUCUCACCGUCUCCGGCCCGUCCAGGACCUGCAGCCCCACCAUGGCGGAUCAGUACCAGUACAACACCAAUGAGGAGAAGAUUGUGAAGGACAGCCACACCAAGGAGAUUGAUCUCAUUAACAGAGACCCCAAGCAGAUCAAUGAGGACGUGGUGAAGGUGGACUUUGAGGAUGUCAUUGCAGAGCCUGAUGGUACACACAGCCUGGAUGGAGUGUGGAAGCUCAGCUACACCACCUUCACCGUCUCCAAAUACUGGUGCUACCGCAUCUUGUCUGCUGUUUUCGGCAUCCCUGUCGCUCUGCUCUGGGGCUUCCUGUUCGCCUGCAUCUCCUUCUGCCACAUCUGGGCUGUGGUUCCCUGUAUCAAGAGCUGUCUGAUUGAGUCACAGUGCAUCAGCCGCAUCUACUCUCUCAUCAUCCAGACCUUCUGCGACCCCUUCUUUGAAGCCCUGGGCAAGAUCUUCAGCAGUGUGCGCGUUGCACUGCGCAAAGAAGUCUAACAACUCACACAAUAGUGUUUAUAGUACGAUCGGAUGAAGUGCGGUAUCUUUUUAUACACCAGAAGAUCAGUCCUGGCGUCUUGCUUACUCCCUGAUACUCCUCCUCCUGCCUUCAUAACAUGCUGUUCCCCACCCACCACCCACCCACCCAACCAACCUCAAGCUCUCAGCUCUGAGUCCUGACAUGCCCGGUGUGCCUUUUGCCACCAGAAGCUCAGUGACAGCUGCAGCAGGCAGCGUGGUUCUGUGACAGCUCUGGCACUCCCGGAAGGCUCAGUGCUCCUCACUGAGGGGGAAGAGGACUGCCUGCCAUGACCCGGAUCUGUCUGAACCUCAUUUAUUUGUAUCACAAAAGCCAAAGACAAUAUCCACUCCUUCACAACAAAUGAACUCCCCAGCACUGCUGCACCUGUGGACAAAGCUGCCUGUAUGCGUUACAUUUGGCCAUCCUUUAAAGUUUUUACGCUGUAUAUUGCUGUGUCUGGUUUUGUUUAACUUUAUAUUAACUAAGUAGGAUUUGACAGUCAUAUGCAUAUUCAAGGGCGAAGGUUUCAUUCAAGGUUGGGGAGGACACAUAUGAAGCAGGGGAUUUGUGGUCCUUCCCUAGGAAAUUUUGAGCGUCAAACACUUCAUUGUCUGCAUUCUGGUGAUUUUUUUUAUGCACCUUUUUUUUGCCUUUUCUGCAUCAAUUUAUGGUGGAAAUGUCUGUAAAUUUGUCAAAAAUAAAAGUCCUCUGCUACUUUUAUGUUUUUAUUGGAGGUGACAAAUGCACAUGCUCUAAAUAUGGAGGGGAACAUAUCCCCUGUAUCCCCCGCCCCCAGAAAUCUACACCAUUGUAUGUAUAAUUUUUGAAAAGCUUAACAUCAAGAAAGUAAUUGAAAAUAUUUUCUCUACAUUACUGUUUUGUAAUUUGAGACAACCCGCAGUGCUGACUUUCAGGUGGAAGAAAUAUGUUUGUAAAUGCUGAUAAUCUACUUCCUUUUUAUCAAAGUGUGACGUGAGAUGUUUGUGCAAACAAGUAUGGACAUAACUGCUGAUGGAGUAAAGUAAAAGCCUCUCUGUGAGACCAACAGCAAUGUUCCACAGUGUUAUUUUAAUUAUGCAGAAAGGCCGAAUACAUACUGUGCACCUACAUGGGCUGAAACUGAUUUAAAUACACUUGACAAGUGAUGAAACUGUUCUUAUAAUAAGCAUAUUGCACCCCUGGUUUUUAAGAUUCACCAAAAAUCCAAACUGUGUGUUAGUAAUAUUUUUGGCAGCCUCAGUAAAGCAGGGCACUGUGACCCACUAGAGGCUGCUGUUGUAUAUCCUUCAUAUGCUUCUCUUUAGUGUCUGAGACCCGUCACUGAUGAUUCAGUGUCACCACACCCUUUGUUCACAGCCUCAGCGUGCCUCUCUCUGGCUGACUCAUUCUAGUCCUUUAAUGUGCAGGAAAAUGCACAGGUAGAGUUUAACUGAGCAGGAACAGCAGAGCAUUACUCUGAUUAAUGAACUGCAUUAACCAGUGUAAUUAAGGAUCAAGAGUGAUUUAUUUGCCAAAACUCAGAGAGACAGAGAACAUAAUCAACAUGCUUGGUGUAAUCAAAAUACAGCAAAUACUUCACAAAUACAGAUCUCCUGAUUUUGUUUAUGUAUUUGUCUAAUUUUUGCCUUCUGCAAAUGAUUAAUUAAACUUGUGCAAACUGC